UCAAAACCCUCGCCGGCGAUUUCUCUCAGCUCUGUUCCGGUGAAUCUCCGCCAUGAAUCUCCGUAUCGUAGACAAAGAGGUGCAAGACAAUCGCUAUGACCUCUUCGACGUUCACUUCCACAGCGAUGUAAUCAAAACGAUGGUAACUCCCGAUCCCGAUAUCAUCACUCAAUGGAUCUCCGAAACUGAAUCUUCUCACUCCGGCAAUCGCCGUCUCAUCGCCGGACUUGACGUGGAAUGGCGUCCUAACUUCAACCGCAACCAGCAAAACCCGGUCGCCGUUCUCCAGAUCUGCGUUGAUCGGCGUUGCCUCAUCAUCCAACUCCUCUACUGUGGAUCAAUCCCGGAAUCUCUGUUCAAUUUCCUCGGGAAUCGGGAGUAUGAUUUCGUUGGAAUUGGAAUUGAUAGCGAUGUGGAGAAAUUGUUGGAGGAUUAUGAGCUGAAUGUGAAGAAUGCGGUGGAUUUGAGAGGAAUUGCUGCUGAUGCUUAUGGUAUGGAGAAUUUGAAGAAUGCUGGAUUGAAGAAACUGUGCAAUGUUGUUCUGGGGAAGGAGAUUGUUAAGCCUAAAUCUGUUACUAUGGGUAGAUGGGAUAGUGAAUGGUUGAGUUUGAAUCAAAUUCAGUAUGCUUGUCUUGAUGCUUUUGUUUCUUCUGAAAUUGCUAGGCACUUGAAUGUUGGUGCUGCUGGUGCUGCUGCUGCUUCUGGGUCCUAA